AUGUUUCCCACACUGUACGGGGUGCCGUGCGCCAGCCGGUAGUAAAAAGUUUUUGGUGACGCUGCCUUUCCCGCAGACGCAAACGGGCCUCCUCUGACGCUACAUGCAAAGCUUUUUGCAGUCUUGAUACAUACAUGUCAACAUUUUCUACCUGAUGCACGAGCGGGACCUAAGGAUGCUCAGGAAGUUUCAUUUCCCAGCCGCACGUAAGGAAGAAUGGGGUAUGUUGAGUGGUCACAUUUACCGUGGACCAAUAGGCCAUCAUGGAAGCGGGCAAGGCUUCGCCCCACGUUGGUGUUGAGUUCCUGCCGACAAAAGCUCUUAACGGAUCGAUUAAUGUGCGGUUGGUCCUAUCGACCUGGCCGUUACCCUGUGGAUGGUAUGCGAUUGUGCGAGCCUUCUCAAUCCUCAGGAACCUACACAGCUCAUGUACGACAACAUUCUCGAACGAUAAGCCUCGAUCAGGGUGCAGCUGGUCCGGUGCCCCCCAGCGGCAAGCCCAACCAUUGAGUAUGGCCCUGGCUACUGUUUUCGCGGAAACGUCAGGUAAUGGCACUGCCUCGGCCAUUUGGGUAAAUAAAUCUACCAUUACAAAGAUGAACCUGUUCCCUAUAGGGGACGGCGCAGUCGGACCGACAAUGUCAACGCCCGCCCUCUCGUUGGGGUAGUCUAUCUUAAUGGGCUGCAGAGGAGCCCUCGGGGAACGAGUUGGGGAUUUCGAGCCCAGGCAAAGCGUGCAUGCACGGACAGCGUUGUGAAUGUCUCCUUUUUUAUUUGGCCAGUAGAAUCGUCGGCGGAGGGCCCACCCACUCCUGUGGAUAUCCGCGUGACCUAAUUCUGUGUGCAUUCUUUCAACUACGUUGUCGACCGUCGAAAGUGGGGGGAAAACUCGUUCAGGACACUGGUCGCUGUCGCGGUAGAAGAUAACUUUGUUCCCAAUGAAUAACUUGCCCCAUAACGUGUGCAUGCGGCGUGUCUCAGCUAUGUCCACCGAGUCCUUGCUUAGUAGGCAGUUUAGCAUCGCUAACGUUUCUGUCAUAGACGGGAGAGAUGUGUGGAUCAGGCCUUUGAGCCGCCGUCCAGAGCAGGCAUUGGUCACUUUGGAAGGCGACAGCGGAUAUAGUGAUGUCGGUACAGGGCGGACCUACCCGUGGGGUUAAUGAGGUUUCCUUGAAAGGGCAUCAGCAUUUUCAUGCCGACUACCCGGUCGAAAUGAGCAUUCAAAGUCAAACCGUUGACGUCCCAUGUCAGCGAGCUACCUGCCCUUCAGGAUUCUUAAAGUUUCUUGACCAAGUUAAGGAGCCAUCGUAGGUACGUACAUGAACGGUCGAUACUGGAGGUAAGGUCGACACUCCUCAAUAAAAUGCGUACUUGCGAGCAUCUCUUUACGGAUGACACAAUAGUUCCGCACGGCUUGGGUAAGUGUGUGACUAAGGUACUGAACGACACGUCCGGUGCCGUCACGUUGCGGCUGAGACAGGACGUCACCCAUAGCUGUAUCGCUGGCGCCAGUAUCUAAGCUAAAUUUGCCUGCGCCUUUGUUGGUGUCGGAGAAAACCAAAACGGGACUACUGCACAAUCUAUCCUUUAGCAGCUGAAAUCUACCAUCACGUUCGGCCGUCCACUUAAACUUUUUCUCCUUCUGAGUUAGGUGGUGGAGGGGACGGCAAUGUGGGCAUAGUCUUUAAUGAAACGUCGGUAGCACGAAGUCAGACCCAAGAAACUGUGAACUUCUGUCACAUCUGAAGGGGUCGGUCAUUCUCGGACCUGUCCGACUUUGUCGACAUCGGUUUCUACUCCAGUGGCUGAAAUUACAUGCCCUAGGAAUCAAACGCGUGGUCGAAUGAAAACGCACUUUGAAGGUUUAGGAGUUAGACCGGUUUGCCCGAGACUGAUGAAUAUGGAUUAAAGAUUGGACAGAUGUUGCUCGAAGUUCUUUCCAAGGACAAUGAUGUCGUCAUUGUAAAUCAGACACGAGUUCAGAAUUAGCUGAGACAUUACCUGAUUCAUGAGCCUCUGAAAGGUACUAGGGACAUUGGCUAGUCCGAACGACACCUUCUCAAACUCAUAAAGACCAGACGGUACAGUAAACGCGGUCUUCUCCCUAUCAGUGGAUCGGACCUCCGCCUAUCAGUUGCCUUAAGAUAGGUCGAGGGUGGGAAAGAUGGUAUUACCCCCAAGUUUGUCCAAGAUAUCAUCGAUCCGGGGCAAGGGAAACGAUCGCUUUUUCGUCACAGCAUUUAUUUUUCCGUAAUUAACGCAUUGGCGCAUAGUGCCGUUUUUCUUCCGUUACUUCACAGAAAGCUGCUGAGGCUCGUCGACGGUUAGUCACUGGUUCUUUGCGCUUAUAUUUGCAAUUUAGACAAAGCUAUCUUUCCGGAGGAGUAA